AAUCACGGUUCAGAAUAAGUUUUCAUUUGAAGAUAUUAAUCGUGAGAAACUUUUCUAUACUUUGAUAUCUAUUGAUUGAAACAACUAAAAAUUAAUCGGCUGCGAAACAGUAAUAAGAUCUUUAGAUGUAAGAAUAAAUAUUACAUUAUGAGAUUAUAAGAAAAAGAAAUUGUCCUUUGUAUAACUACGAUAUGCUUUACAUGUGCAUUCACCAGGUUCAAAAGCUUCUCUUGUUCAAUGUUUUUUUUUUUGUCAAAAAUAUUUCGAAAGAAAGUCUAAUCACCCUGCUUGUUACAUAACAUGUGAUAACAUGGAUGAUUUAUGAACAGAACAGUUUCUACCGAACAUGCGUAGAAGUCAAAUGCACAGAUCGUUGAUAUAAUCUGCUUAUUUCUUUCGAUUAAAUUAUAGUUCAGAAUUGAAAGGAUUUUCAGACGUACAUUCAGGAAAUCGUAGUUUUUGUGUGAAUUCAAAAACAUGAGUGUCAUGGCAAAAACAAUUACAAGUUGGAAACUUAAUCUUGUUCAACCAUUGAUUUUAAGGUUAUGUAACAAAAGGAACCGGAUACCAUGCAUUAAUAUUAUGUCGAAAAGAACAUUAUUUAUAUUACAAAGAUUUUCAAAACAAUAUAAACAUUUCUUUUUAUAUCAAAAACAAAUGCAAGCUUUCAUGAGCGAUAUAAAACCAGUUAAACUUCCAUGCAUUAAGUCGUUACCUGAGCAUGUACAAAUGCAUAGAAUAUUGGAAAAUUCUAUUCAUUACUCAAAUACUAUUAUGCAACCCAUUAAAACCAAAAUAAGUAUUACCUCUGAUAAAAUGGAAACGAUACGUAAUACGGAUUGGUCAUCGGAAUCUCCAGAAAGUUGUUACCAUGCCUUAAAGAAAUUAGCACAUUGUUAUUUAAAUGGAUUUCAAUUUGAUAAUGAAACAUACGAUAAGAUUCUGGAAGCCUGCAGAAUGAAACUUCAUGACUUAAAUGAUAGUCAAAUACAGAAUAUAAUGCAAUAUUUGAUUGUAUUAAAUAACGUGCUUAAACCUUUAAGUAGUUAUUCAAAUUUUAUAUUUGCAAUAAGUAAACAAUGUUUGAAACGAUUCUUUAGCUCAGAUAUUAGGGAAAUGUUAUUCAUGAUCAGUGGAUUUUAUCUCAUUGAAGCAUAUACAUCUGCCUACAUGUGGCGUGCACUCAGAAAAUUAGGUUCUAAGUGUUAUAGACUUACAGCAAAAAACUUGGUUCAAUUUUUACUGUAUUUAAGCGUAUCCAAUGUUUCUGAUAUAAAUAUGUUUGACAUUGAAUGUUACUUAGAUGAAUGUAUAAAUGACCUUACUGGGAAUGAAAUAGGCAUAGCUGCAAGAGGCUUUUUUAUGAAUGAAACAAAAAUUCAUCUUGUAUCAUUAAUGAAAAAGAUAAUAACAGUAGCUGGAAAUAAAAUUCAAAUUAUGGAUAAUGUCUGCGUGGGAGCAGUUAUGAAACUAAUACGGUAUAGCGAUUGUUCUGAAUCUAGAAUAGCAGUUCGUGAUAUGCUGAUAUUAUUGCGUCCUGAAAUAAAGAGAUUACCAUUAAUAUCUUUAACACAUAUUUCACAUGUAGCUGGAGGUUUACGUGUGUAUGAUAAAAUUUUGUUAGAUGAUAUUGCUAAGAGAGUGGAAAAUGAAUUUGAAUCUGCAAGAUUAAAAGAUAUUGAAAGAAUUAUUUAUGCUCUGUGUACAGUCACUCCUGGUACACAGUACCAAGAUACAUGUUAUAAGAUUGUGGAUAAAUUAUUAUUAAGUUAUAAAACUGUUAGAGCAAACGAAAUUAGUUAUUUUCCAACAUCAUUACUACGUAUUUUACAAUUUUUAUCAUAUAAAAAUAUAUAUCCAGAACAAUUAUUUGCUGAGGUAAUGGAUCCUAAAUUUGUACAAACAAUACAUAGGAACAAUAUAAAAUAUUUGAGUGAUGAAUUAUUGAGAUUGCAUUGUUCUAUAAUAAUUGAAAGGCCUAAUUAUACAGGUCCGUUUCUGAGUCAUGAGGUAUAUUCGUGUUUAAUAAAGAAACAUUGUCACAGAAUUGAUGUGGCUAACAGACAUAAUACUGUAAAAGUACAUAAUGAACUUAUGUACUUGCUCAAGGACAAACUGGGAUUAAAUACAUAUAUUGAUUUUGUUUUACCUCACUUUUCGUUUAAUUAUGUUGUUCUUGGUUUUGAUGAACAUAACAAUUCUGUUGAUGUUGAACCUAUUUUAUCAACAAUGAAACGUGGUACAAUUAAACGUGUAGAUACUGAUGAUUUAAAGAAACUACAAUGGAAAAUAUUAAUCCCAUUAACUAAAAGAAAUAAAGUAAUUGGUUACGAUGGUUAUACUAGUCAUGUAUACACAAUCUUCAGGCAACUAAAGGCUAUUGGAUAUACACCACGUCUAGUUAACUGUUUCGAGUGGGAAGAAUUUACAACAGAUGAUGCAAGGUGUAAAUAUUUACACCAAUUAAUUUUCGACAAAAAUGAUUCUGAUCAUAUGGAAAAACAGAGUUUGCUAGGAUAGAAUCAUCGAUAACAUGUACAUUU